AUUGUUUUUGGGUGUGGCUGGACAACCAAUCUCUCUUUCAUAUGCAUGUAGCCCCCUGUAUUUCCUCAUUUUUACUGAAAGGGAAGAGAUACCAAGAGGAACAAAGGACUCUUUAAAAUGGCUGCAGUCAGCGGAAUGAGCUCUCAAGCAACACUUAUCACUUCACAGCAGGGACGGCAUGAUGUUCAAGAUAGUGUUUCUAUAAUCUCACCCUCUCAACUGGACCAUGAAAUACCCAUUCCUCCCACAGUACCAGAUACAGGAAUAUCCAUACAGGCACACAAACUGUGGGUUGGUAAUUUAGACAAAAGGCUAACACAUCAAAAUAUACUCCAAUUCUCCAGCCCUUAUGGUAAAAUAGUAUCAUUUAAAUACAUGCUACACAGUACUGGUGCAGAGAAAGGGGAGCCAAGAGGAUACUGCUUCAUUGAGUAUUCAACAAGAGAAGAGGCAGAGAAAGCGAAAGAGACCAUGAAUGGCAAAGUUGCUCUUGGGAAGAACAUCAUUGUUGAUUGGGCCAGGCCGGAUCAAUACAUCAAGAAAACAGGUAACACUGUCUCGGAAACAUGGGAUGCUAGCUCAGUCUCGGCAACUCUCAGAGGUGGAGCAAGCACUGCUGCUAAAAUAGCAGCUUUAGAAGCCAAGCUGCAGCAAAUGGAUAAGGACCAGGUGUAUAGUGGUACACAGAGGAAGCCACGGCGCUUACCAACCUCAUAUUAUAGUCCAGAACACAUUAGGAGAAAGCAUGGUAGCAAGAUUAAAAUACAACGACCUCAAAAACCGAUUGGCAAAAACUUUUAAAGUUAUUUGAGAUGUAUACUAAAUUAUGUACAAUAUAAACAUUUUUGUAUAAUGAAAUAAAAUUUAAA